CACAUGCAUUUUACGUUCACAGGCACAAGUAAUGAUCCUACAUACCGUACUGGUACAGAAGUUCCAGUUUUCGUCCAAACUCACAGAAACGUCACCAUUUGUAUUUCGUUAUGUAAACGGAUAAUUACACCACUCAUUUCGAUACAGAUUUAUAUUCGCAAAAUAAUGGCAAACAAGGAUCGAAACAAAACGAUAUUGCUGGAAUUGGGGAAACUGCCAGACAACAAUCAAUGCGCAGACUGUGGCGCGCCGGAUCCUGACUGGGCGUCCUAUAAGCUGGGUGUGUUUGUGUGUCUGAACUGCUCUGGAGUGCACCGCAACCUGUCCAACAUCAGCCGCGUCAAAUCCAUACGGCUCGACUUCUGGGAUGACGAGCUAGUGGAGUUCAUGAAAACCAAUGGAAACGCCACAGCCAGAGCCGUCUAUGAGAAAGCAGUCCCAGCGUUCUACUACCGGCCCCAGCAAGAAGACUGUGCUGUCCUAAGGGAGCAGUGGAUAAGAGCUAAAUAUGAGAGGACAGAAUUUACCGGCGAGACAAAGUAUCCUCCACUGGCCUACACGACAGGUUUCUAUGAAGGGAUGUUGUGGAAGAAGGGGAAGGAGAAGGGACAGUUUCAGAGAAGGAAGUUUGUUCUGUCUGAGAAGGAAUUCACCCUGGCUUACUACAACAAGGAGGAUCCGUCCAAAGGGCCCAAAGCGCUCAUCUCCAUCAAAGACGUGAAUGUGACCUUUCAACCUGAGAAGAUUGGUCACGCCCAUGGUUUGCAGAUGACCUACCAGGAAGACAGCCACACCAGAAGCCUUUAUGUCUACCACGAGAGUGGAGAGGAGAUUGUCAACUGGUUCAAUGCCAUUCGUGCUGCUCGCUUUGCCUACCUGAAAACAGCAUACCCCACAGGAAGUGAUAAAGAAUUGAUGACUAGAAUUACAAGAAACUACCUCAAAGAAGGAUACAUGGAGAAGACAGGUCCUAUGCAAAAGGAGACGUUCAAAAAGAGAUGGUUCAUCUUGGACUCCCAAGACAGGAAGCUCCUUUACUUCAAAAGCCAGCUGGAUGCUGAGGAGCUGGGAGUUGUGUUCAUCGGCACAGAGACCAAUGGUUACUCAGUGAGUAAGUGCAUUCCCAAAAGGACCAGAGGCAACAGGUGGAGGUGUGGCAUCACAGUGGAGACGCCAGACCGCCAGUUUGUCUUCAUGUGUGAGCAGGAGAGGGAGCAGAGAGAGUGGGUGGAGGCCCUCAGACAGGUCAUCUCUAAACCCAUGCAGCCCCAGGACUACACCACUGAAGCCAACAUCAGAGGGAAGAGAUGACUUUCAUGAGAGAGAGAGAGAGAGAGAGAGAGAGAGAGAUUCCACCAACAUUGGCUGCAAAGCCCACUCUGAAAACUAUCACACUUGUGGAUUGCUAUCUACACUGAACAAAAAUAUAAACGCAACAUACAACAAUUUCAAAGAUUUUGCUGAGUUACAGUUCAUGUAAGGAAAUCAGUCAAUUGAAAUAAAUAAAUAAAGCCCUAAUCUAUGGAUUUCACGACUGGGAAUAGAUACAGAAAACCAGUCCCACUGCUCUUCAAUGGCUGUGCGAAGUUGAUGGAUACUGGCGGGAACUGGAACACACUGUCGAUCCAGAGCAUCCCAAAUA